AUGGACGCCAGGGCGGUCAGACGACUAGGAGAAAACAGUUGGGCGCCUUCACCACUGUCGCCCCAACCGAGCGCACUGGAAGGGAACGAAGUCGAGGACACCCAUGCGAGAGCCGCAGCGAUCUUAGCGAAGGUAAAAUUCGGUAAGAACCUCACGCCGGAGCAGGCAGCAAGAGCGGAACAACUCGUCAGAGACCACCACAGGGCCUUUGCACUAGAUCUCGCCGAGGUGAAGGCCUGCCCGCACACCGUACAUACGCUGAAGGUCCUGCCGGAUAUGCCCUUGACGAAGAAACCGUUUGGUCGGCCCCUCUCAAUGCCCGAACUGGUAGCGGCGAAGAAACAGGUCGAAAAGUUGCUGGCGGCUGGAGUGAUCGAAAGGUGCCGUCCGGAGGAGGUCAAGUGCGUAGCCCCGAUAGUGAUGGCGGCGAAG